CAGUCUCAUCAGAAAAGUUAAGGAAGUGGAAUUCUUGUGGUGUCCGAAGUGAUAUAUCUUUCAAAUAAAAACGAUCUCUUUAACUAUACACACGCCCAGCCUCAGCACCAGCGCAUCCUAAUUUCAUCUACAGACCCCACAGGCAGCGUUCUGUUCGCUUCCAGCGAGUCGUUAUGUCUAUACACAUCUAUGUUUCGCCAUGCCCAAUGCCGAUUUCCGCCUGACUCCAUUACUGCCGCCCCAGCCGCUUUUGUUGCUCUUUGUGCGCGCCUUGCUUCUUAUUUUUCCUGAUGCGCUAGUGGGAGCCACUGACGAGGGCGGCGGCCUUCCCCCCUCCUUGCCCGGGGACAAUGGCUAUAAUGACACAACCACGGGGAUAUUUCUCGAGAGCCCCGUUUUAACUGAAGAGACCCGGUUUGCCCUAAGGGUUCUGGUGAAAGACAUGGUGACACGUCGGUUUUUGCCGGGUGCCACAGUGGGGAUUUACAUGAACCACACCUUGAAUAGUUCCACCUGGACAGGGCAGAAAGGUGAGGCUCUUCUUUGGGUGCCUUACAGCCCAGGGCAAAGUAUGACUUUGGUGGCCACCCUGGAGGGUUAUAUUCCCAGCCCGCUGCCUUGGAGCACGACCAAGAGACCCAUCUUCUCUGCUGUGACAUUGCUGCUGCUUCCUCAGAGGCAAGGAAAUAUUUGGCUAUUUGAAGAUUCUUUACUCAUCACAGCCAAAUUGCCUGACAGUGCCUCUCAACCAAAGAUAAAGAUUCCCAUGAACCUGCUCACACUACCCGACAACAGUAAUGUGUCAUUAUUGACAGCUUACCUGACUGUGCCGCCGUUAGCGAAGGACUGUGUCAACUGCACGCCAGGCAUCAUUGUCAACAUGUCAGUUUUUAGAACCGUUGGUUUGAAGCCGCUGGCGGCUGUCAGUGUCCAGCUCUAUGUGGGAGGGAAGGAGCUCCAGAUUCGUGGGCCCAUUCAGUUCAGCAUACCUCUUGGGAGAAGCAAUCACUUGCGCGUGUCUGACACCGUGCCAGCCUGGGCCUUCAACCUACAGACAGGCGGCUGGGAGAAUCAAGGUUUGGGAAUAGUGACAACAGUUGGUGAGGAGCUGGUUUGGACUUACACGGCUUCCCACCUGGGAUAUUGGAUCGCUGCCCCACUGCCUUCAUAUGAUCAUGGAAGCUCAUUGGAUUUCCUUUCCCAUCACACCCUCCUGCUGGUGGGAAUACUGGCAGGUACUCUGGUGGUAGUAAUUGGAUUUCUGUCUUUGCUGAUAUGUCAGUGCAGAUCCCACCGAGAGCCGAAGGGGAGGCGAGCCCGUUUUUCCAAACUCACAGUGGUAAAAAAAGACCAAACCACCUCCAUGCACAUGGAGGAGGGCCUGCUUUUCCACUCAGGUGAGAACAUUCUGGCUUCCUGUAAUGUCCAAUCUGAUCCUUUGUCCACCCCACGACACAAAGCCAACUACAACAUCUAUGUGGAAGACCCAUCCAGUCAAGCAACAGCUUCUCUAUAUGACAACAUGUCUACUGAUUGUAUCAAAGUUCCCCAAGUACACUCUCAUUACAUCAAUAAUGAGGAGGUAUCUCGAUUUAUGGAGCAGAUGGAUCUGAACCGCAGCAACAUGAACUCUGACAGCUUCUUUCCUGACAAGCUGGUUCAUAUCUAUAACCAUCCAGUUGCCAUCAUUCAAGCACCAGAUAUUUACAGCAAUCAAGAGCCACAAAAAGCUGGCUGCAAGUCUGCCACAUUUCCCCGCAAUGGAAAUGAGUUUGACUCUCACUCAGAUGUGCCAAGUAAAGACAACUACCCCCAGAAGUUUGGCAAAGUCCAAAACAGCCAACAGCAAAGCAAUCCAGAUGAACCGCAGCCUCUCGAGACACCUCCACCAAGCCAAGGCCCUCCUGCUGUAUGGGGUCGCUACAGUAAUCUACUAGAGUCCUCAGUCUCAGUGCCCGGUACCCUCAACGAGGCAGCCGGUAUGGAAGCCUUCAGUGGCUGUCACGGCAUUUCUGGCGAGCUGCAAGGCAUCUCAGAGCGCACUCUGUUGGAGCUGACCAGGGGCAAGUCUUCGUCAUCCCACCCCAGGGCCUGGUUUGUCUCUUUGGACGGCAAACCAGCGGCUCAAGUGCGCCACUCUAUCAUCGAGCUCCAAAGCCGCCACCGCCCUACAAGCAGCAACGACACCAGCCUAGACUCCGGAGUGGACAUGAACGAGCCUCAGCAGAAUAUCCGUGAGGUGCAGCGGGAGAGGAUGUCAAUCAGGGCUUCUUCGCUUCCGCAUCAAGGCAGAAGCGGAAGAUACGGUGACGAGCAAGAUCUGAGCAGCAGCGAGAGCGGCACCACUGCUACCGGCACUCCAGAAGACCACUCCCUCAGGAGCAUACUAGAUGGAAGCAGUGGGACUAUUCCCAACAUUCCCGAGGAGCAAGAUGGUAUGGAUACCUCCAGCAAUCAAGAAGAAAAUGAGCUAAGAGGCACACCCCCACCACGCCGCCUGAAGAAAGCAAAGGUGAAAUCAGAGAAAAGAAACACUAAACAUGUUCGAGAAGGGCGACCUCUGACGAAGCGACGAUAGAUGAAGCGAAAGAGUCCGAACGUGCAGUGUGAUCCAGUCUUGCUUUUCCUCUCCCAGGCAAUGUUGUUGUCGAACUGUGUGAUUGUACAACUUUGCCAAAGAUAACAAAAGUAUUCUGUUCAAGCAUCAAGUACCUGCUAACACAUUCUUAAGAUCACCAGCGAGAUUCCUCUUGUGGACUUAAUGUCGCACAAUCCCUGCACUGAGCGUGCCUUCUUUCUGCCUCCAACAAUGAAGUCAUUUAAGAUGGAGUUAAUGCUGGUCAGUCUGCACAGCGGACAAAACACAGGACAACAUAUGUAGUGCACUUAUCCUCACCAUCAACGCCCGGCAACACAGUGCCGACACACUGCCCCUUUUUGCCUCCUAAAAAUAAACUAAUUAAAGGGAGCGACAACAUGAAAAUCUUGCUGAAGUAAUUUAAUUUUUUUUAUACAUAAUAGUGGAAAAAUGUAAAUAAAACCCAGGAUUUCCAGGAAGUGGCCACCUGACAUGGGGGCAAACAUCUUACCAAUGCUGGAUCUAUUUUAGCCAAUCAUAUGAGUAUCCCACAUUUCCUGCCCUUCCUCGUGACGUCAUUAAUACUCAUGAUCAGUGUUGGGAGUAACGCCGUUAUAAAUAACGCCGUUACGUAACGGCGUUAUUUUUUCAGUAACGGGGUAAUCUAACUAAUUACUUUUUCCGCCGUUACAACGCCGUUACCGUUACUGACGGUCAAAAGCGGUGCGUUACUUACUCUGAAUAAAUUGUAGAAACUACUAGCCGUGUCGAGUCGACUCUCUGCUCUGUUGAUUUGUCAUCCAAGACUUGGAGUGCGUUCAGGUUCGAGAAUAGCGCACGUACUUCUGAAUCCAAGCUGUUUGUCCCUGCUCAUUCAAUUAGACAAUGCUUUCCAAAGUUUGGUAACGUUUCUGUGUUUGCUACACCUGAUGCUAGCCUCGUUCCAAUCUCCCACUGUCAGCCAGCAAUAAUUCUGCUUCCAUCUUGAGGACGGCAGACGCUUUGAAGGUGACGUGAAUUGUCGGGAAACUAGCCUACCUGAAUGCAGCCCCUCGAGAGAUGCGAUGGAAGUGAUUGUGAUUGGCUGAGGGUUAGAGUCAUAUGUCGUGGUAAGCCAAUCAGAGCCGGUGAUUUCACAAGCAAACCGGAACGGCGCAUGCGGCAAACACACACGCAAAACAGAUGCACAGGGUCGGGAUGGCAGAGCAGUCAGAAGAAAAAUUGUCCUUUAAGAGGUGGAGAUAUAGACACUAUUUCAAGGUUGUCGAAAUUAAAGGAAAGAAUCUGCAUGUAAUGUGUAAUUUAUGUCCCGGGCAGGGGUCGCGUUAACCGAAUAUUUUCAGUCGUUGACCGGUUUUUUAAAACGUGACGGAAAAAACUGAAGUCUGUCCGUCAUUUUGACAGGUUGCAAUUCACACCCCAGACCACAGGGUGGCGAGUGUGCAUAUUAAUUAGCUAUUGUCUCUCUUAAUGCAUGACGUCUUUGGCUAUUCUGUCAGAAUAUUGUAGCGUCACUGGGGUCUGGCGGCGGCACCGUGAUUGACACAUCAACGCGAGGUUCUUAUUGGUGCACCCCGUGUGCCAGCGCGUCAUCCAAUUGGUGGACUAGAUUGCCGCCUGUGUAUAGACCCCAAUCACAUGACGUCACAACUCCGCCCCCCCGACUUGAUGCCAUAUUGUGUGUCAGCUCAUCGUGUGUACACAUUACCGCUACGUACAUGCGGCGUGUUUUUCUGCUCGUUAACAUUGAUAAUCAAAAUGGUGAAGGCGUGUGUGGCGGUUGGUUGCAGUAACAGAGAAGAUAGACGGAGAGACUUGAAGUUCUACCGUAUUCUGAGAGACCCGAAGAGGAGAGCGAGAUGGACUGCUGUAAUUCGACAAGAAAUCUGGGCACCAAACGAUCACCACUGACUAUAUAGUAGUCAUUUUAUAUCUGGUAAGAUGCAUUUACUAUAUAUUUAGAAGAUUUUGGGCUGACGACCACAAUUAAGAUCAUUGUGUGACGUUGGUGAUUGGGGUCUAUAUAGUUGCCUCUUUUUCUUUGGGGGUGGAGUUGUUGUUUUGUUGGUGGUGUUGGCGGUAAGCAGAGUAAAAAGAGGGAGAAAAAUACGACUUCCGUGUCUAAUUUUUCGCCACCAAGCAAGCGUUACAAUAUUAAUGAAAAAUGAAUGAAAACCAAAUACUAUUGAAUAUGUCAUCAUUAUCAUUUUAAAAAUUUAAGUGACGGAUAAAAAUAGAUUAUGACCGGAUUUUUAUGACCCUGUCAGUCAAAAUGACAGACAACGAAAAUGUCUAGCGCAACCUCUGGUCCCGGGGCAAAGCUUUUGUCGACAUGUGGUAAGCAAUUCAAAUCUGCUGAAGCACCUAACAAGUUAACUACCUGUCUGUUCUUCGCUAUUCCACUGACUCGAAUACUGCUCAGAAAAUUUCAAAUUCUUUGACAUACAACAAGUUCUUUUUAAAGUAACGAAAAUAGUUACUUUCCAUGGUAACUAGUUACUUUUACUACAGAGUAAUUCAGUUACUAACGCAGUUACUUUUUGGAAGAAGUAGUGAGUAAUGUAACUAAUUACUUUUUUAAAGUAACGUGCCCAACACUGCUCAUGAUCAUGUGCACCUCUUCUCCAACAGUCCCUCAGUGCAUAUGUUCAAUGGUAUAAUUGACGUCACAAUUUGGCUACCCUCUUAAUUGGUGUAGUUUUUUAUGUUUACACAUUUUCACCAUUAUCAGAGGUCUAAGAAAUUUUGCAUUUGCAUACUUCUAUACUUUGAAGUGGUCAUCACUUGAAUCCUUUACCGUAUGCUUGGUGUUGUCAUUCCCUUUAAAUGUUACUAAAACUCAAACGUUGUGGCUUUCGGGUAGGAUAAUGAAAUUUGUACAACUCAGCUGCCAUUUUGAAUUGCAUGGAAAAAUACUGUAGUUUGUUUUUCAAAGAAAUAUGCCUCUCUGUAGUGCAAUUGUUUUAUCUUUGUAGUUGACUGAGUUGCAUUAUUAACCCCGACAAACUAAAUGUUAACCUAUGUCACACUUUUUUCCAAUGUUUGUGUUCCUUGUUAAAUGACAUUUUGUGCCUUGGAAAGUUGUUUUGAACAUAUUUGAUUUUUAAAUUCUUUAUUCAUUGUGUAAAUAUCCACAAAUAAGGCCAUCAAUCUGAGAUUGAUUUUCACAAGCAAUGCCAAAUCCAGAAAUACUUGCAGCAAAAUUGAUGUUGAAGCUGACCAGUUUUGCCAAAUGUAGUCUUCCAUUAUGGAUUCAGGCUUUGUAUUAGUUGCCAUGCAUUGUUGUAUAAAUAUCUUCUGUAAUGUGACAGUGAUGUUGUUGGUUGUGCACUUUUCUUCUACUGCUACUUAAAUCUUAAUUGGUUUAAAAUGCAUUCACAAAACAUGUGGCAUUAUUAAUUUCCGAGUGACCAUAAAAAUAAUCUAUUCUGUUUUUCAAUGUAGCAACAAUGUGAGCACUUAAUGGUACAGCAGGCUUACAGAAACAUUCACAUACAGUAGUCGUCUUUAAAUUACUGUAACUGUCCUCAUACAGCUAUCUCCUCAUCGGUCAUGUCAUGCUUCUUUACAAUGAUUUAUGUACCUACUGUAUACUUUGUUGUGCUCUAAAUUAUUAAACAC